AUGAACGCUUCAACAAGUACAAUUUCAUUACCAACAAUGACGAUCAUUGGCACUACCUCCUCGCUCAUCAUGUCAAGCUUAAAAAGAAGAAAUAUCGCAAAUAGUGGUGAGAAUUUAGGAUUGAAUGGUUUUGAAUCCAUUCAACAAUUGCAACAAGUGGCUUCCAAGCGACAUGUUGUCAUUGGAGUUCAUACCAUUAUUGGACUGCAAACAUCGUAUGUGGAGAAGUUAUUGGGAUUGAAUGCGUCACUUCAUGAAUACAGAAUUGAAAGAAUGGACCGGCCUGAAGCAGAUUGUUGGAUGGGAAGUGUUUUUGAAUAUUUUGAUGCGGUAGUGACCACGGAUUCAUUUUUCACCAUCAUGUUCCGACAAAACAGAGAUUGUUUUUUGGGAGAGAGAAGAUUUACAUCACUGUCAAAUAUCUCGAAUGAUAUUAACCUUGUGAAUAUUGGUCCCUAUGAGGUAUUGAUGCUUUCUUCAACAACCAAUGAUGCAAGAAUGAUGGAGCGCAUUGCCUCUCAAGCAUUAUACGACGUGAUGAGACAAUUUGUAACUCAAAUGUUUAUUCCACUGUCAUUGUGCAAUUCAUUUUACAUUUCGCAUGAUUAUGCAGUAAUUAGAGCAGGUUAUGGAUUUGUGAAUACAACAGAAAUGGACAUCAAUGCGUUUUCUUGGUAUUUUCAAAAUCCAAUGAACAUCAAUCGCACCUAUUAUGAAAUUGCACUUCAAAUGUUGAAAUCAAAUCUCACCGCUGAAGUUUUUGAUUCCUUAAAGAUUCAAACAGAUUCUUCACUAAGUGCUGCAUUAAGCGCCAAGGUGUUUCCUGCUUCAUGCUAUUCUUGUUCUACCUCUCAAUGCAUGUGGGAAGACACGAAUAAUCCAACUCCUUCCAAACAAACAGAUCCCAUUGCUGCAGCCACCGGAGUUUUUCUUGGACUUUCCUUUAUGAUUUAUUGGCCUUUAUUAAUUCUCUUUCGAAACAAACCAAGUAUUCGAAAACGAUUGAUCAUUCCCUACAUAUGUCCCUUAUUGCAAUAUGUGUUCAUGAUCUUUCAACUCUUUGAAGUCGCAAAACCAUGUUUCUUAUUUCAAUUCAUUGUCAUUUAUUUCACCUCUUCCUACAGCAUCACCAUCUAUUAUACCAUCAUGGCAAGAUUUUUAAUUUUGAGAAAUUUGUACAACAUUUUGAAGAAAUGUCGCAAUGAACAACAAGUGUUUGGUAAAAUGCAAGAACCUUUACCACUGCACACACCAGAAUUGUUGGAAGCAAGUCCAUAA